CUGUGUACGUGUUUACCUAAUCGAUUAAAUACAAGAUUUGUUAACAUUUAAACCAGGAAGUAAUAUGGUUUAUUACGAUUAUUAGUUCUUUGAAAAACAUAUUUUUAUUUUCAGUUUUCUCUGAAUUUUGAAGGACAGCAAAAUAACAUUCAAAAUGGAGAGUAAAGUUAUACAAUUACUGGAACAUCUGAUGGAAAAACAUUAUGAAACAGCAAAAAGAGCAUGCGGUGAUGCGAAGAUAGAGAUCAGUGAUGUCGAAAGAACUCACGGAACAGUUUUCACAACAAGCCAGAAAGAAGCUGUUGAGGAAGUGAAAAAAAUAAUAAAAAAUUUAGAUGGUAAACAGUUUGUAGCAGCUCAUAAAUCAUCGUUAUCUACUACUUCAAAGUAUUCGCAGCACGUGGGAUCUCUUCUGAAGGGACGUAGAAAUGAAGCGCCGACAAAAGAUCAGAAUGGCGGUAGAAACAACCCGAAACAAGAUCCGUAUCGACAGGAGUGUCACCACAUCAAAACCAGCGACAUGAAUAAUCAGUCCUAUACUAAUGCACAGAGAGAACACGCCCGACGUUCUGACCAAAUGCCUAGCAAAAGAAAAGAUGAAGGUCGAAACUAUAACACACAACAAAAUAGUUUGAUUCAGUCCAAAGAAACAAAGAGAGAUUCUCAAGCAUCCAAAAGUUUACAAAACUCCACAAGAGCACAAAUUGAAGCCGAAAGUAUAAUUGCCGACCAGUUAGACGAGAAUCUUCGUCAAAACCAGAAAAGUAAACGGGCUAGCCAGGCGAUGAGACUUAACAACGCUGACAUCGCAGACCUGAGUGAUACCAACAGACCAACGAAACUGGCCGAAAGAUUCUCUGAGCUAUAUGAUAAUGAGUGGACCGAAGCAUUCGAAUCCCUGUCUAAGCAGAACCUACCUGAGAGGGAUAUUAUUAGACGACUUCUUGAAAUUGUUCAGGAAGCAUAUGACUUUUGUGACAAAGAAGCCAACGAACAACUUUUAAAGGUACAAUGUGCAUUUGUAGAAAUACUCAAAGGAGAACAGGUUACCGGAUCGAAAUACAAAGGAGGCCAAAAUGAUAAAGGGAAGGAAUUGCUGGUGCAAUACCGGAAAGAUAUUGCAGGAAAAGCGUUACCAAGACUACAGGACGAAUUUUGCAAGGUGCGUGCAGGUAUACCCAGGGAAGAAAAAAUAGUAAAGUAUGCUAACAAAGCCGUAGAGGUUGCUUGGUGGAUGGCAGUACAAGAUCCUCCGGUUUAUAUGUGCCCUACUGUAACAACAGAUUUCGACCCUAAUCUAUACAGAGCUUACACACAAUCGGGCAAGACACCAGAUUGGCCUGCAUUAAGAUUGCAUAGACAAGGAGGUGUGCUCAUGAAAGGUGUCGUUCAAUACAAAAACUAA